UGGUAGAAAAUGAAUUACUAAUCUACUUGUUCAUUUACUGUUAAUAUCUGGUUAUUUCCUGUUUCCUGGUUCCGGUUCACCGUGCGUGACUGCUCGCCGUCUGUUCGCUGCUGCGAAAAAGCGAAAAAGCUAAGUAGCGCUCUAUCUGUGUGCUUUUAAUUGUUCUACAGCUUUCUUUAUCACUUCUCAAACAUUUUUAGUGGUACUAUUUAACUUGCAAAUCACCCGAUCUCUGUCCCACCCUUUCCUCAGCUAGCUAGCUGCUAAGCUAGCGCGGAGAAAGGCAGCGCCGGUCAGUAAGAAGCUACUCCUACAGACCGCGACCACUUCCCUGAGGACAGCAGGAACUUCACUCGGUGACAGAAAACACUGUGAGUAAUGGCUUCCUGCGCGUCUUGCACCAUACUCACGGAGAGGUUGGCUCUGCUAGAGGGCCGUGUCCGCCAGUUAGAGCAGAGUAAUGUCGUAACUUUAGAUGUUGCGGACACAUCUGCUAGCGUUAGCUGUAGCGAGCUAACUAGCCCAGCUUGUAGCAGUCCUAAGCGGCCUACAAGCUACGGUGUACCGGUUGAGACGCAUAAUAGAUUUAGCUCUUUAGCUAGUCCUACACCCCAGUCUACCGGGCACCACACCUUAGUUAUAGGGGACUCCAUCACCCGAAACAUAAAGCUUAGCAAACCAGCCACAAUAAAGUGUAUCCCCGGGGCCAGAGCACCUGACAUUGAAGCUAAUCUUAGGGAGCUAACUCGCAACAGGCCUAGUAAACACGUACGACAGGCUAAUCGCACCACUAAUUAUGCGAAUAUAGUUGUACACGUUGGCUCCAAUGACACUAGAAUGAGACAGUCAGAGAUUACAAAGAGAAACAUAGCCAGGACUUGUGAUCUCGCCAGAAAGAUGUCCAGGCAUCGAGUAAUUGUCUCUGGCCCCCUGCCUGCGAGAGGCAAUGAUGAGAGAUAUAGCAGAUUAGUCUCGCUUAACAAGUGGUUGGCUAGCUACUGUAGGCAGAAGGGACUAACGUUUAUUGAUAACUGGCCCUCUUUCUGGGGCAAACCAGGCUUGCUGAUGAGAGACGGCCUUCACCCUAACCAGGAAGGCGCCAUCAUCCUGUCUAGAAACAUAGACUACUAUUUAAGUCUCACUUGA